UUAGCCAUUGUUAUGUGUUGUUGCAGUAAUGGUAACUAGCCUAGAUCUUUAUACUCUGUCAUUCAUGCAUUGGAUGCAUUAUGCAAGUUCACACAAAAACAAUUCUACCUAUAAUAGACAGGGAUUGUAUUAAUGUGGUGUAGAUCGCAGGAGACCUUCUAUUGAAAAAAUGCAUGGUCAUGCACGGUAAUGCACGGUGGAUUAAGUCGGGCAGAUAUUGGGCGAGAGAAUAGGUUAGAUCGUAGUAAUUGAGGGGGACUUAUAUUGGCAAUUAUUUAUGUGUUUCAAAGAAUGUGAAUUAAGAUGCCUGAACAGUGGUUUGCCCUGGAUUUAAGCACUGGCAAUUCAAAUGGAAAGGAGGGAGCUGGUAACCAAUCAGCCUCAUUGUUAACACUGGCAGGUACCCAGCCCAACUCUUUCGAUGUUAAGCUCACACUUGUAGGGGAACCGCCAUUUAACUUGGCAAAAUCCAAUGGGGUUGAACAGGAAUCAGGUGAUGAGAUGAACUUUUCCGACGUUGAGGGGGAGGAACUUGUGCCCCAGGACCUCUCAAGGAAGGUCAAGGUUGCUGGGGACGAGAGGGUGGAAGGCCAGACAGAAUACAUGGUCUUCUCUUGCUCUGAUUGUCAAGAGCGGUUCCCUUCCAAGUUGAGCCUAGAGCAACACCAGCUUACAUUCCACAGUGGUCAAUCCUUAUCCAGCAACAUUGCACAGCCAGACAGCCCAGGUGCCAAUCUCCUCACGCCUGCCAAUCACUUCUCACCACGCAGACAUCACGCUGAGAGCAGCGACUCUGAAGGCCCAUCUUCGGCAAAAAAGAGCAGACUUACGAGUCAUGCCGCGCAGUUGCACUAUGGGAAAAGUACAAUACCUCCGCAUCUGGAGGCGAUUUAUGACGCAGGGAAGGUGUUACGCCUUGGGGAAGAGCGAAUGGAGAUUACUGAGGGGCGGGACAUAUCACACCCGUGUCAGGUGUGCUUCAAGGUGUUCCCCAAACCAAGUGAUCUCAAGCGACACAUGAUGUGUCACACAGGAGAGAAACCAUUCAGGUGCCAGUACUGCAGUAAACCAUUUCGAGCCAAGAGCAGUAUGCACUAUCAUCUUAAAGCCACCCAUGGGAUUGAAAUAGAACUUAGUCCUGGUCUAGAAGAGCGCUACCUCCGCAUGAAAACUCGUGCAACCAUGAAUCUCCUACAACGCACCGGAAAUACAGCCACCCUACCUCAGCUUUACGGGUCAGAUUCUUCACUUUUACACCGGGACCUCGAUAACUAUGAUACAGAUGAAGACUCCAAAUCAAAUGAUUCUUUUUACCAUAAUUCGGGAAUGAAUUCUGAGGUCCCAACUUCAGAAGAAAUGUUUUCUCAGGGUUUAUUUGGUGGUCAAAUGGGUACCAAUUUAAAGAAUGGGCUAGAUAUGCGAGCUUCAACCAAGACCUCAAACGCAAAUAGAUUCAUCCUGAACACCAAAAUAGGUGAUGUUAUUACACUUGGUAUUGGUCAAGAAGGGAAAAAGAAACUGAUUUUUCAAGGUGAAAAGAAUGUUGUUACCAAAUUGAAAGGCUCUGACCUCAAGACUGGUGAAAAUACCUCAGUUUACAGAUGUUAUUUAUGUUCUGAUAUAUUUUCAUCAUUUAGUAAAAUGCAGUUUCAUUUAUCCAAUCAUGUUGACAAACAGUUUUCUACAUAUCAGUGCUGUUUUUGUGAGGAAGUUUUCCAAAUCAAAACGCAAAUGCAAAACCAUAUUCGAAACAAUCAUUCACAUGAAGUCACUGGGCUAAAAAACAAUUUUACAAAAACCAAAUCCAGUGAUAAAGGCCAGUUAUAUUCCGGUAGCCGUUUACCUUGCACUUUCUGUAACAAGGUGUUUAAAAGCAUGGAGUCCAUGCAGAGACACACAAAGCUUCACCUACCAUCCAGAAACUGUUUCUGUCGAACCUGUGGAAAAACUUUUAAGCAGUAUAUAACACUACAGCACCAUGUUUCUGUAUGUCAUUCAAAAUCAUCGAGUAAAUCAAAAAAAGGUUCUUCUUGGGUAGGAGCGAAGAUGAACUUUUUCUUAUCACCAAAGCGUUUUAAAACUUCAAAUCAAAACUUAAUCAACAAAAAUGACGAGCCAGUGAAUGUUUCAACAGAUGAAGCAGUGGAAUCCUUACCUGGGCCAAACAUCACUGUGGUCAUGCCUCAGUCCCCUCUAGCAGAAGACAAUGGUGAAACCUCGGAUGUGGCACUAUCCCAGCACUCCUCUGAGAACCACUGGUCUGAGUCAUUUUCAGACAGCCUCCCAGUCGACCUUGAUGAGAGCAGCCAAGAGAUACGUACUGCCCCGAAGCGCCAUCUGCUGCCAUCACGUUGUGAUACCUCUCCCCGAGGUUCCCGGGUGCUCCCACCUCACCUGGCAUACCAGAACCACUCAGCAGAGCAGGACACUCCACUCAACUUCACAAAGGCUGCCUACAGUCAUCACGACACAAACAACAAUGACGAUGCCUCAAACGAGUCUCCAAGUUCCCAGAAUCACCGCCAAUCUCCGCAGCUCCAACUACCUCCAACCUUGACCAAUCCAGAAGCCUUUGGACUGCCAGGCUUUGGACUUGGUCUCACCUCAGCUAACCAUUACCUCAUGGCCAAAGCAUUAAUGGCCCACCAAAAUCUGACGCAUCACCUCAACAAUACCUCACAGCCAAUGAUUUUUCCUCCCAACCACCUACCUCCCAGUCUUGCUGCCAUGACACAGAUGAUGUCACUUCCUGGAACCUCCACGUUGCUAGGUGACCCACACCAGGGAACAAGUAAGUCACCAUCCCCAGCCAGCCAUACCUCAUCGAAAUCUGAGAAUUCUCCGGAAGAAAGGGACAGUAAGGAUGGGGUUAAGGAGAGCUUGAUGGGAUUGCCGCGUGCCAACUGGGGCUCCGACAAGAUGGGCUCCCUCUGGUCCUUCAACAUGUUCAGCCCUGACACUGGCCACACGGACGGACGCAAGGUCACCUCACUUUCUAGAACUCACUCCAGAUUGGGCAUAGUGCAGUCACCAAUCAACCGUGAGUCAAUGUGUAAGCCCACAACAUUGGCAGACGGACGGACCGUGUACAAGUGCACGUUCUGCUCGAAGGAGUUUGUCUCUUACUCAGAUAUCAAUAGACACAUGGAUUUCCACGAAGGUAAGACAAAAGAUAUCCGGCCGUACAAGUGUCAGUACUGUGACUACUAUGCCCGCACCAACAGUCAGCUCAAAGUCCACAUGAUGAGACAUCAGGGAAUACGAGAGUUCUGUUGCAAGUUGUGUAAUUACAAGGGUGUUACUCAGUCAGACCUUAAUCGGCACAUGAAGUCCCAGAUACACAUGCUGAAGAUGCGCAACGCCUGUUCCUACUGUGAAGAGGGGUUUGUCACUACAAAAAACCUGGAAAAACACCUUGACGGAAACUGUAUUGUGAAGAUGCAGAAGCUGAAUGGUGGUCUUGAAAUUCCUAUACAGGAGCGGGUGGCUUAACUAGCCAUGGUACAGGAGCAACUUGCUUAACUGGCUAUGAUACAGGAUUGGACAGCUUAACUGGCUCUGAUAUAGAAGCUGAUGUAUUAACUGGCUGUAAUGCAGAAGCAGGUGGCUUCACUUGCUCUAUUAUGAACUGUAGACAUAAUUGGAGGUUGGAUUGUACUAGUUCCUGUAUGUAUCAGGAGAUUAUUUCAUCAAGAAGCCUAGAAGCGGUUUUGUACCUAGGUGUAGUUUUCAGCAGAAGUUAUGCAAUGUUGAAAAUCCUGGGUUCAAAACUGCUCCAAGGUUUCCAUAGUUUCAGAUUAUGAAGCAUUAACUUUUGUGAUUUUACGAAGAAAAGGUUAUAUUUUAGUGAUAGUUAUUGUGGAUUUUAACUUGAUGUGAAGUAAAUUUGUUUAAUUUAUGAUUGGAAAAUAUAUCAUUAACUUAUUGCGGGUAUUAAGAUUUGUUAAAAGUUAACUCAAUAUGCUACAAUGAAGAGAUUUUCUAUAGUGUAUGCUUAUUCUUAUAAUAAGGCUGAUCUACGUGUAUUUUUGUUGAGCUCAGGAUUACAGGAAGAAGAAAUAAUUACACUGUAAACAAAGUACCUCCAUACUUCUUUUAGAUAUUUUACAGAAACCUUCUACCUCAAAUGUUAAGAACUACCUAUAUAACCAUGGGCUUUGACAUGGUAUUUAUUUGAAAAAAUGAUCAUUUUUUUUAUGAAAAAAAAUGUUUUCUUGGGUAUUCUGUUAUUCUGUAAACAGAAUAAGUCUAUUUCUUUACAGAAUUUGUUUUGGGAGUUUAAUUUUAUUUAUACAAAAUCAUACAUUCCAUUGUUGUUUGGUUUGGUUAGGCAUACAUGUACCUCUAUGUUUUUACUUGCAAAAAAAGGUUUUGAGUUGAAAUCUAACCUGGUAAUAGGUUGGAAAUGUAUACCAUGUGAUUACAAUGUAUUAUAUAAUAUUAUGUUAAAUAGUUUUACUUGAUGUUUGUGUGUUCAAUUAACCAAAGGUGGAUAGCAUUUCCACAAGUAUUCCAUUGUUUAUCAUUCCAUAACAAAUUACUUGUAGACUAUAUAAUCAUGUUCAGUAUCAUUGUAAGCAAAGGUGUACACAUAUUUUAUUUCUAUUGCUGUGAAGGUAUUCGAUGUACAAUAAUGUUCAGUUUUGUUGCCUGGUGACUUUAUAUUAUUUUAGUAUUAUUUGAAAAUGUGUAAUGUGUAGAGGAAGAGUAUGUUCAUACGAAACUGAUGCAUGCCGUUUUGACCUUUAAACAUGGAAUAGAUUGGGAAUUUCACUUCAGAUUCAUUUUGAAACAAAGAACAAAAAUAAAAUUGCUUAUACUUGACCUGUAAUGAUUUUUUGUCAUUAAUCAUAUGCUAGUAUUAGUAAUCAGUGACCAGUUCCUUUUCAAAUGACACCAAAAUUACAUGGGGACGCCAGCCAGCAAAAUUUCACAUUAUUGCGUACGUCGGGAUGAAAUGACAGGCUUAUUUGUACACCCUUACAUACUUAGUUAUAUUGUAUAUAAAUUCUUGUAGAAUAUUUCACCCUUACUUGUAUUGAUGAUAUUACUGCAGAAAGUGUGCAGCAUUGUUAUACACUGUCACAUGAUAUUUAUAUCAUUAUGAAAUCUAUAAUUAAUUGUUUGUAUAUUGGUCAUGGAUAAUUGAUUAACAUGAUGAGAUAGUGAGACAGGCAAAACAGAAUCAUAGAAUUGGGCAUAUGGUAGAGAUGGGGUGAUUUUCUUUUUAUAAUUUUUUUUCCAAAUUUGUUGGUAUAUUUCUACUUUUAACUUUGUUUUUUUUAUUGUUUUAAUGUUUAAAAAUAUAUGACUCAAGCAGAUGUACUGGAAAUAAAAUUAUCUUUUGGCGAAAAAAAUAUUUUGGCAGAGUUGGCUGAAGGUUAAACAUAUUACAUACAAACUUUUCUAUGACUGUUUCUUUUGUCAUGUCCAGCUAUAACUGGUACUGUUGAGCUUUACUUUAAAGGGUGAUGCUUAAGAAGUACAUGAUUAACUGUUGUGAUGUUGUUUUGCAGGUAUGUUGAAAAGAUAUUUUUCAUAUUUUAUAUCAUUGUUAUUGCUUGAAUGGUUAUGUUUGCUGUUGUGAUAUGGAAAGUGAGUUUUGUAAUCAUUUUGUUAGUGAUAUUCCAUUGUUAUAUCUUAUUCAUAUUUUCUUUACAUGUUUUCUAGAAUACCUUUAAUUUACAUUUUCUUUACAUUGUUCAGCGUCAAUAAGAAAAAAACUUUAAGGGAUUCAGUUUUGCUAAUAAGCCCAUACCAAUAUUAUUCUGCAAGGAAAGGUGUAUGCAUGUUUACCAUCAGAUUCUUCAUUCUUAUCAUACGUUAUUCAUACAAUUACAAAUGAAGGACAAUCUAUUUAGUAAUCCAUUACACCAUUCAAAACUUUUGUUGUUUAAUGUAGAAAAUAAACCCUUUAAAUUGAAAAAAGACUGACAAAUUCUUACAGAAGCUUUUACAGGUCUCAUUACCCUGACAGAAUCAGCUUUCUAUGAAGCAUUUGCUACUGAUUUUUAAAGAUUCCACAAUUUCUAGUAUUCCUAAUUGAUGUUCUACUAUAAUAUACACACUAAAUGUACAUUUUUCUAAGGGACCAACAGUUUUUAUCAAUCUACUAUAAUAUACACACUAAAUGUACAUUUUUCUAAGGGACCAACAGUUUUUUAUCAAUCUAUUAUUGUUUAUAUUCAUUGUGAUAUUACAUUGAAAAUUGAUUGUAUAGUUUUACUUACAGCGAAUGAAAGAAAGGAAAUUCUUUGAAUUUGCAACCUGGUUUCAGCCUAUUAUACCAAAGACCAUACACUUUGUUCAUGUAAAUACUUAUUACUGGUAGAUCAGCGUCUAGAAACUUACAUGUAGGUGAACCAGAGACUGUGAUAGGGAAUGUCGUGUGUUUUCCGGUGUUAUUUUUUAUAGAGGUAUAUUUGGCUUUAUAAGGACUAUUUUGUUGUAGGUGGUUCAGCAUGUAUAUUAAAUGAAAGACAUUUGAGCUAAUUAUCAAAUUGCAAAAUGAUUGUACAAUUUUUAUUCUAAAAAAUAAUGUGAUGAAUGGUGGGUGUAGAUAUUUUUUGUUGUAUUUAAUUUUUAUCCGCAAUUGUAAGCUGUUCUACAUUUAUUGUUGCCUAAGACUAUCAUUGCAAAAAUGAAUUGUAUAUCUGGCGAAAUUGCUGUAUGUCUGACAAUGUUCCCGUAUAAAUGAUAUUAUUACAUAGAUAUACCUGUGACCUGUUUCUACCUCUUUCAAACCUUGCAUGAAACGUGACCGGUAUCUCAUUUCAACUACAAUUACUCUCCAUUUUUUUUAAAAACAAAAACAAUGCUGUGAGUGUCAGAUUGAUUCCUAGUUUGUAGGUACAUGUAAGUUGAUGUAGAUAAUUUAGAUAAUUGUUAAAUUGUAUACCAGAUUUUAUGAUCUUAUAAUAUAAAAUAAGUCAUGUAGUUAAUUUAUGGCAUUAAAUCAAACAAUUCCUGUUUUAUAUGAUUAAUCUUGUUUGAUAUUAUAUACCUCUUUCCUUGUUUUUCAUGUUGAUAUGUCCAUGUAGUUAAACAAUUAUCAAUGCUUGUUCUAAUUUUAAUGGUUAUAAAUGGGAAUCAUUAAAUUGUAUAUCGUUACUAACAUUUGUGACGCUGGCGGUGAAUUUAAGUCCUGUAAAGGUUUCGUCAGUGGGUUAGGCUUACUCUUUUACUGGAAUAUUGUGUUUCAUGAGCCACAAUUCCUGAUUUUGUUUUGAUUUUCAAGCUGAUCACAUGAGUUUACUUGUUUUUUUAUCGAAAGCAUGACUUCCUUAACAGGGCCUAUUUUCGCUGAUUACGUUACAUACAUGUAUGUGUAUAUGAAUUAUAUUGUAUUAGUUUUAGAUGUUAUUAUUAUAUUUUAUUCAGGUUGUGUUUUAAUACCUCAAAUCUAACCUUGUGAGUUUUACACAUGAACUUUUGCAAGUAUACGUCAUGAGCAGAUGACUAUGUGGCCAUCUUACAAAGAACGUACAUGUAUUUAAUAAGCAUUUGUAGAACCAAUUAUCAUCAUGAACAUAAUUUAAAGACAUUUUCUAAGUUUGAUAAUGGGUAGAAUAGAGACACAAAAUUUAAUUGAUAAUCGUUUCAUUAUACCCCCACAAACGAAGUUUGAGGGGGUAUAUAGGAGUGAGCUUGUCGGCCGGUCUGUUUGUCUGUCGGUCGGUGGGUCGGUCUAUCGGUAUUCAUGGUGUCCGGACGAUAACUCAUGAAAGGCUAGACAGAUUUGAAAAAUUUUUGGUACACAGGUGUAACAUCAGAAGAUACAGGUCAAGUUCGAUAUUGGGGCUGGUGGGGCCAAGGUCAAGGUCACUGUUACUAAAAAUAGAAAAACGGUUUCCGGACGAUAACUCAUGAAAGGCUUGACAGAUUUGGAAAAAUUUUUGGUACACAGGACUGGUGUAACAUCAGAAGAUACAGGUCAAGUUCGAUAUUGGGGCUGGUGGGGUCAAGAUCACUGUUACUAAAAAUAGAAAAACGGUUUCCGGACGAUAACUCCUGAAAGGCUAGACGGAUUUGAACAAUUUUUGGUACACAGGUGUAACAUCAGAAGAUACAGAUCAAGUUAGUGAGCUUGUUAGUCGGUCGGUUGGUUGGUCUGUCGGUCGGUCGGUUUUCAUAGUUUCUGGACAAUAACUCAUGAAAGGCUAGACAGAUUUGAAAAAAUUUUGGUACACAGGUGUAACAUCAGAAGAUACAGGUCAAGUUCGAUAUUGGGGCUGGUGGGGCCAAGGUCAAGGUCACUGUUACUAAAAAUAGAAAAACAGUUUCCGGACGAUAACUCAUGAAAGGCUUGACAGAUUUGGAAACAUUUUUGGUACACAGGACUGGUGUAACAUCAGAAGAUACAGGUCAAGUUCGAUAUUGGGGCUGGUGGGGUCAAGAUCACUGUUACUAAAAAUAGAAAAAACGGUUUCCGGACGAUAACUCCUGAAAGGCUAGACGGAUUUGAACAAUUUUUGGUACACAGGUGUAACAUCAAAAGAUACAGAUCAAGUUAGUGAGCUUGUUAGUCGGUCGGUUGGUUGGUCUGUCGGUUUUCAUAGUUUCUGGACGAUAACUCAUGAAAGGUUAGACAGAUUUGAAAAAUUUUUGGUACACAGGUGUAACAUCAGAAGAUACAGGUCAAGUUCGAUAUUGGGGCUGGUGGGGCCAAGGUCAAGGUCACUGUUACUAAAAAUAGAAAAACAGUUUCCGGACGAUAACUCAUGAAAGGCUUGACAGAUUUGGAAACAUUUUUGGUACACAGGACUGGUGUAACAUCAGAAGAUACAGGUCAAGUUCGAUAUUGGGGCUGGUGGGGUCAAGAUCACUGUUACUAAAAAUAGAAAAAACGGUUUCCGGACGAUAACUCCUGAAAGGCUAGACGGAUUUGAACAAUUUUUGGUACACAGGUGUAACAUCAAAAGAUACAGAUCAAGUUAGUGAGCUUGUUAGUCGGUCGGUUGGUUGGUCUGUCGGUCGGUCGGUUUUCAUAGUUUCUGGACGAUAACUCAUGAAAGGCUAGACAGAUUUGAAAAAUUUUUGGUACACAGGUGUAACAUCAGAAGAUACAGGUCAAGUUCGAUAUUGGGGCUGGUGGGGCCAAGGUCAAGGUCACUGUUACUAAAAAUAGAAAAACGGUUUCCGGACGAUAACUCAUGAAAGGCUUGACAGAUUUGAACAUUUUUUGCUACACAGGUGUAACAUCAGAAGAUACAGGUCAAGUUCGAUAUUGGGGCUGGUGGGGCCAAGGUCAAGGUCACUGUUACUAAAAAAAGAAAAAUGGUUACCGGACGAUAACUCAUGAAAGGCUUGACAGAUUUGAACAUUUUUUGGCAGUAACCUUGGAGUUAUGGCCUCUUUUCAAAGGAAUGGUUUGCCAUUCCUGUGUCCAGGCGGCAUUUGGGGGUAUUCGUCACUCCUGUGACAGCUCUAGUUUUUUUUAAUUUAGUUUUAAUUUUUCAUGGUCAGAAAAUAGCAACAAAUGUGCAAUAGUGGUGAAUGUCGACGUUCGUGCCAUUCUAAGUUACAUAAUUGCACAUUGAAGAUAGACUGUUGUAUAUAAAAAUGUUCAGCUCAUCUUUAUUAAUGAUCAUUUGAUACACUUUCAUAAGUUCAGCAGAAAAAAACAACUUGCUUAUUUUUUAGUAAAUAAAGUUAUACAAAAUGAAUAUACAUGUGAAUACACAAUGUCAUGUACAGAUAUAUGUUUAAAAAUCAACAAAUUGGAUGACUUUCAAAUUAUGUAUUAUCUUUUAGGAAAAAAAAACAUUAGCAACAUUUGUACCACGAUGAAUUGUCACAAGAUGUCUGAUCAGACUGGCCCAAUAUUAUUGUCAAUAUCAUGUACUUCUUUACCCGAUUCAUUUACAUUCUCAUGAACUGUCAUUGUUGUUGAUUGACUUACUGCAAUGUUGAUGUAUUUUGUGUUUGGUUUGUGUGUUAUUAUGUGUUUAACUAGAAAUCCACUUUGUCUGCAUUUCGGGUGAUGGUCACUGACCAGUUGUGUAGAUUGCUCAAGAGUUUGAAAAUGGUUAAAGCAUUUUCCUGACGAAAGUCCCAUUUUAAAGAUUGUUUUUUAAAAACAAAUAAAUGCUCUGGCUUGUUUAACUGAACAGAACUAUUACCAGGUAGUUACAUAAUUACAACCUGACCUCAUAUAAUAUAGACUUGUCUUUGUUUCUAUGGUGAUAGUUGACAUUUAUUUUAUUCCUUGUGAAUGUUUUUGUUUCACUUUAUAAACCAAUCUACCUUACAAAUCACUGCAUAAAUGUUUGAUUCAUACACUUUAAUAAGAAUCAAACCAGACUAUUUUUGAAGCAGUCAGCAGUAAUAAGUUUUCUUCUUUUGGAGAUUUCUAAAGAAAAUCACUAAAAUUCGAGUUGUAUGUUUGGAAUUUGUUUGUACAACUGUGUAACACUCCAUGAUAGCGUGUAUAGUUUCUCUGUGUUCUACAAAUCAUUCCAAUGCUUGACACAUGUACAAUGUUUGUCUAUCUUUGCUAUUCUAUUAUACCGGUAUCAAUACAAUGUCAGUGUUAAAUGCUGCACUCUCACAGAAUUUUUUUGGUCUCAGAAUCAGUUGAUUUUGGCAUCAAUUCCUUUGAUUCAAUCAUACAGGAUAACUCGCUAUAGAACAGAUCUCAAUUGUUUGGCAAGCUUCAAAAUAUAUUAUUUUUUUUAAGCCGUAAGUAAGGUCAAUUUUCGAACUUAAUAUGAACGACUGCUAUCUGAUCUUUAGUCACCAGUCUUAUGUCAGUGGUUUUCAGACAUUUUAUUUUUUUCAUGAAGUUGUUUCAACUUUCAAUAUGUGAGAGUUCAGCUUUUAUUUAAAGUUCAUGUCGUAAAGACAUUUUAAACAGAAAUAUAUAAAUUCCACCUUGUUCAAGUUGGCAAUAGAUUGAUAGAUACUUCUUUUUGUCGAACAUAGCAUAAAUGACAUUCCUGCAAUGUAUUUGUCUAUAUUGAUGAUCAUUGUGAUUAUACGAAUACCAAGCAGUUCGAGUUCCAGUAUAUGAUUCCUUGUUCAUAGCAACUAUGUUAACCAUGAAUUAUAUUUCUAAGUAACUUGGUAAAAUUAUGGUAUUCUUGCUAUUGUUUGUGUUUGUUAUACAUUAAUUUGGUAAAAAAAUCAUAGAAUAUAUCUUAAACAAUUUCCAUUAUGUGUUUAUUGUUAUAAACGAUACAUAUUAUAUGAGUAUUAACUAACCCCACCUCAUUGACCAUUCUUUGUGACUUUGUAAACCAGUAGCUUUACAUUAUCAUGGUGAAAUAAAUACCUCUAUGUUAUA